CCUAGGUGUGAAGGUCUCGUGUCGCGCAUGUGGUUACGCUCUGCUCACUAGCUGCUGAAGCGUGCAAAUUGCAUGAAUUUAUUACUUCGAACCCUUUGACUUAAAGAGAAGUAAUGACUGAGCAACUGCAUUUGCGAGGCACCCUUCGGGGUCAUAAUGGCUGGGUAACACAAAUCGCGUGUAACCCGAAGUUUCCGGAUACGAUCCUUUCAUCAUCCCGAGAUAAAACAUUGAUCUUAUGGAAGCUUACCCGUGACGACAUUAAUUACGGUAUCCCCAGAAAGCGCCUGAAAGGGCAUGGACAUUUUGUCACAGACGUUGUGAUGUCCUGUGACGGCCAAUAUGCUCUAUCCAGCUCGUGGGAUAAAACACUGCGGCUUUGGGAUCUAUGCGAGGGAACUGCCACCCGUCGAUUCGAAGGUCAUGAAAAGGAUGUUCUGAGUACUGCAUUUUCGGCGGACAAUCGGCAGAUCGUGUCAGGAUCACGAGACAAGACGAUCAAGCUGUGGAACACUCUAGCGGAGUGCAAGUACACAAUCAAGGACAACCAGCAUGAAGAUUGGGUAUCAUGUGUACGCUUUUCGCCCACAGCUGGGGACCCAACAGUGGUCUCCUGUGGAUGGGACUGGAAAGUAAAGGUGUGGAAUUUGUCCAACUGUAGGAUGCGGGCUGAGUACAGCCACUCUGGAUACGUCAAUACUGUCACUGUGUCACCGGAUGGCACACUCUGUGCGUCUGGGGGCAAGGAUUGCAAAGCCAACCUGUGGGACUUGGAGAAAAGUGAGCUUAAGUGUGUUCGGGACAACCAAGACAUCAUUAAUGCAUUGUGCUAUAGUCCAAGCAGGUACUGGCUUUGUGUUGCCACAGGAUCAUCCAUCAAGAUUUGGAACUUGGAAGACAACAGCCAGGUGGAUGAGCUGUGUCCUGAAGUGCUGACACCAAAUGCCAAAACUGAACUUCCACAGUGCAUAUCACUGGCUUGGUCAGCUGAUGGCCAAACACUGUUUGCUGGCUAUACCGACAACCUUAUCAGAGUUUGGCAGGUUUCAGUGGGCAUUACCCACUGAACAGGUACUACCUAUUUUAGCAUGAUGUGUUUCUCGGAACAUUCUUAAUUUAUAAAAAAAGGCACUGGCUUUAAUCUGCUAAAAGUGCAUCACUUUUUAAGAUGCCACAAAUUUUUGUUUUCUAUUUUUAAGCUGUUAAGCCUUAUGACACAUAUACAACAGAUGGUCGUGGUGCCUAGAAUAUAUGCUUCCUAAUGUGCUGACUUCUGGGCAUUCCCUGUGAGAGGCGAUGGCACCACAAUUGACAUUUGUUUGUGGCUGCUUCCAGACAGUGCUACCUCUCGAGACUUUGCUAGAGCCAUGCAGGUGACAGAGCUAGUGUCCUUGCGGCAGGGUAAAAUUGGUGAUAUGCCAGUAAAGAAGUUUUGCAGAAAUUGAGUGCUCAUGGUUUGGGUUACUGUAAAUAUGGAGUGUAGGACAACCAUUUAUGCUGUAUUAGUGGUGCCUCCUAAACGUCUAAGUUACAACUGUUGGUCGAUACCUGUGAAAUAUAGAUGAUUGAAGAUGUCCAAUGACAUCGUUGGUAGUCAAAUGACAAGGUCUGGUGUUUUGACUCUGAAAUGGACAAAGAGAGCUUUGCACCCACACGCUACUAGACUGCUGUUACCGUAGGUGUAGUUUUGAUUCUCUUGGAAAAGGCUGAUGUGCUGUUCAACCCUUCUCUCUCUCAUGCAUGCAUGCGUGUGUGUGUAGGUUGUGGGUGAGUGGGCAGGUGGGUGCUAAGACAUGCAUACUGAUCAUACAUUUUGACAUAACUUCAGUCACUUACAUGCCAGCACUGUGACUUCAUGAUGACGUGCUCUAGUGGGACACUCCAGAUUUAUUUCUAUCCUACCAGUAUACUUGAUUUGCACAUGAAGCAUAGCCCAAAGAAAUCCAAAAGAGAGGCAAGAAGAGGAAAAUGAAAGCUUGCGAUGAGAAAUUUGAAAACAGAGGGUGGGUGCUGGAGUCAAAGUUUUGGACCUGUCUUUUUUUUUUUUUUUUUUUCAAAUUGCAGCCUUGAAAAAGACAAGUCCGCUUUCCAAAACGUCGGCUCCAGCACCACCCCCUGUUUUCGAAUAUCUCGUAGCACUCGGAAGUAGCACAUCAUCUGGCGACGCAACCACUCUUACCCACAUACUUUUUUUUUUUUCAAAACCAUUUCGUUUUGUUAUUUUGUUUCUCGAUGCUGCUGUUUGGUUUCUGGGGUGUCUUUUUAUCUUACACGUUGCAGUGGGGUAGCCCUAAAACUAUUGCUAUUUUGCGAAUAUAUUUAUGUUUGUUACUGCUUGUAUAAUCUUUUUCUUCAUCAAAGUUGUUCUUUUGUACUCCCGCUGCAGCUACUUCUCUGUUUGUCUUGAUGUGAGUUUUUACCGCCCACUUUGUAGUUUUUUUUUUCCUUUAUGCUUUGAUGUUUUUUCUGUAUUCACUCCCCUCUGUAAUGCCUUCGGGCCCUGAGGGUACAAUAAAUAAAUAAAUAAAUAUAUUUACAGGGGGGGUGUCAUAUACCACUGGUACAAAAGUACUGGUUGCAGUUCUUGCCAAUGGCAAGUACUGUAAGUUCUUGCCAAUCAUUAUUUGAUACUGUGGAGUAGGUUUAUUAUUUAUUCUACUAUUAGUUGCACACCAUCAAACAAAACACAUGCUUUUUGGUGUGUGAGCGCUGCCAGUGAUGUUGCAGUGACGCCUGUGCCCAGCACUCUAGUAGUAGUAUAUUUGAGGCACUAUAAGGUUUUAUGUCAAAUGUCGGGCAUUCACUUGCAUCUUUGGAAAUGGGCUGAAAGUGAGCUGGGCAAAUAUCUUCUGGUAUUCAGGCAAUACCUUAAAGGAACAUUAAAGGUCAAAUAACAAUUUACGUCAGAGUGAAAGCUCAACGUAUGACAUCUAAAAUGCCAUUAUUAUCAAUAAAGUGCCCUACUUAUCAAGGUUUUAAGGUAAAUGCAUGAGAACACAUGUGCUUCGUGUAGGACAUUCACAAAAUGAUCCCGAUGAUGUGAGAGGUACCACCUACAAUUAAUCACUAAUCGAACUAGCUGCACUAAAUAAAGAACCUUCCAUGCAUCAAGAGACGUAAUAAAAUGCUGCUUGUUCGUUUCUGUUUGAUUCAUGGAAAAAAUAACUGCCGAAUAUUGCGAUGGGGAAAGUGGUUCAAAAGUUCAAUUUUCGCCUGGUUAAACUGGACAGGUCGUGCCAUCUAGUGGGGCCCAGUUGAACCAAGCACGUCUGCCACCUCAAAGGCCAUGGCAGAAAAUUGUUCAAUGGCUGUUGUCACUGUUGUGGCUCCCGCUAUUUUCGUUCUGCGGCUACUAGUGCCUGCGGCCGCACAGUAAAGCCGGGCAACAUUGUGCACGGAAGCAGUGGCAUGACAUAGGCGGGUAACUUGAAGUUCACUAACACAAUGCAGACCAUUAAAAUGUGAUUUUAUUUCAAAAUAAGCAAUUCCUUGGCACAAAAGUAACACUAAGAGGUUUCUGGACCGCUGUUUCAGCAAUCAACAUCAACUUAAUAGUUGCCUUUAGUGUCCCUUUAAUGUAAGGCUGACAAAUUUGUCAAAGCAAUUCAUGAGACCUGUAGUCCUGCACACUUUUCAGCAAAUGGUGCUGAAAAAUAGUGUAAAUAUAAAUGAUACCAAUACCAUUGAUGUUUGCUAAGCCAAAUUUUGUGCAAAUGUAUACAAUGCACAUUUUGUGUUGACUGCACUAUAUAAGUGGAGAGCUGUUCAUAAGAAAACAAAGCACUGCCACUUUAUAUCUUAUGCCUAAUAAUGCAGUGUUGUAGCACUGUUGUAAAUUCCUGCAUAUGUUACACCCGGUCAUAUUUGGUUCUAUAUAGCGAUUCAUGUGGCAUUGUACCAAUGUCUCUUACCUUUUUAAUUGAAUAAAAAUCUGUUGCACUGAUAAUUAACUGUUCUAUGUGAUAACGACCUUGAUUGGUUGCUCUAUGAAUAUUAGAUUUUGAUCUUUAUUGGAGAGUAGCAUUUUCUGAUAGUGCGUUAAUAUGAAGCGGCACCAAGCUGCUAUGCUUUUAGUGUUGCACACUUUCAAGCGAUCUGGUAUGUCACUUAAUCUCUUUCAAAAGUGCUCUAAAACGGCUUCCAUCCGGAGUCGAAAAUGCUUUGUAUCCUGAGCGGGCUGGACCACCACUGAUCUAGUGAAAGGCUGUCUAUGCAUUGAGCAAGUCACCUUCUCAUGAAAAGCUUUUUACUUUUUCUCUGCUAAUUCUCUCCUUUAUAAUUGUUUUCUUUUUUUUGAAAGACUGCCCUUGGCCAUAACAAACCAACACGAGCGGCUCAUCUCAUCCUUAUGCUCUUGCGCACAAGUAUCUUGCAGCACUACCGAAGUUGGGAGGUGCACACUGGCAAUAUUCUUACAUUAUGUCGCAAAACUUGUCUAAUUAUUGGUGAGAGUAGAGAAUAUUCUUCAAACUGAUAUGUCAAGCAUUCUGGACUAGAGGCAUGGUCACGAUGUGUAAUAAAUAUGCUUUAAGGAGACAUUAAAGUGAAACAUUGACUUGGUUUAUAUUGAUAAACUAUACUGAGAACUUUAAUGUCGCAAGUUUCACCAUAAGUUUAUUAUUAGAAAAGAAAAAUCAAGGUUGAAGGAUCAUUUUAAAAUUUUGUGUUGAAAUCUACACACAUUAUGUCGCAAAUUUAAAUAUGUAUCUUGGCAAUAGAAAAGAGGUUUGAUCAAACACCGCCCGAGUUUCUUUUAACGCUCCCCUGUGAGCUAGACAAACGUGUAAAUUCCCCAACUCAGUUCUGUGACUAGUGCACUGUGUAACACACAUCGAAGUCAAAACUCAAAAUAUAGCAGACAAUUUCCAUCAUAAAAUUUAUCCUGGGGAAGACAGUGUAAAGAAUGGCAAACUACUCAUGUGAACACUCUGUGUCCAGUAUUUGUUCUGUUCUCCUGUCAUUUGUGCUGCAUUGAUUUCUAACAAAUGUGUUAAAAGUUACAGCAACUUUUGCAUUGCCAUCACAGUCCGGUGUGAUUUCGGCAGCAAAUGUUGCUUUGUGCAAACUUGGCCAGACUAUACAUACUACAGCUUAUGCACGUUUUCCCUCUAGUUCAGCUGUGUCUUGUGUGUGCCCCACCUGUAAAAUUCACUUGUGCUUCACCGCUUGCGUGAAGCCCAUACGAGCGCGCCACCAGUGCCAUCAGCCAAUGAUUCCAAUAGCGUACAGCAUACCUCACCACACAGAGAACUCUGCAACAUGAAAAUAAAAAGAAUGGGUGAUUAUUGCAUUCAUCUAUUUUACUUUUUGCUGGCUUAAACUAUCAAUGUAAGCAAAGCAACAUGCUUGAAAGUGAGUGACCUUUAGCAUCUAUUACUUAACAUGCAGUGCCUGUUUGCUUGCUUGGAAAGGAGCUUUGCAAGUGCAGUGUACUUUAAAACUAGUUAGAAGCAUGAGUUGGUUGCAAAUUAUUUGUUUUGAAAUAUUGCCACUGUUUUGGUUUUGAACAGGAAAAUAAAGUGUUACUGUUUAUAA